AUGUGCUGUGUCCCUCAGACACAGCGGAUCACCGAUCACGGAAAGAGCCGAAGAUGUCAGCUCGGUCAUGUGAUCAGCUGUGUCCAAUCACAGCUGAUCACAUGGGACAUGUACACUGAUCAUCAGGGCACUGAUGAUCAGUGUGCCCUGAUGAUCAGUGUAGCCCCAGCAGUGCCAGCUGUCAGUGUCCAUCAAUGCCACAUAUCAGUGCCUACCAGUGCACAUCAAUGCCACAUAUCAGUGCCCAUCUGAGCUGCCUUUCAGUGUCACCCAUCAGUGCCAGUCAGUGCCACCUAUCAAUGCCUACCAGUGCACAUCAAUGCCACAUAUCAGUGCCCAUCUGAGCUGCCUUUCAGUGUCACCCAUCAGUGCCACCUAUCAAUGCCAAUCAGUG